GGGGCAGGACAGGUGUAGAGGGAAGUCCUCCGAGGUCUGUACCUCGAGGACGUCCAUGGAGACUCAUGACAGCUCCUGCCAGGCCUGGUGCGACAGUAGGCAACGCUGGUAUGAGUUCGGACCCACGGACCUGCUGCAGCGCAAGGGCUCCCUGACCCUCCGCUCCCAUCACAAGAGAUACUCGAAGCCAGUAUUGGUGUAUUCCUGGCACCACGACAGAGAAGCUUUUCCCAAAGAUUAUGAUAUAGAGGGUCCCGAGCAAGUGAAAAAACUGUGUAAUUCAACAUACUGGCGGCUUGGAACCGAUGAACCCCCAAUUUGGAUAUCAGAAACACAUGAACAGAUGUCACAAGUUUGUUUAAACACAGAAUUGGCUACAGUAAAGAGCAAGGCCUUACUAAAUGAGGAAACAAUGUGCUGUGGGAUUAUUGAAAGGGACACUGGAUUGCCUGCCACAGGCUUUGGAGCUCUCUUUACCAGACAUCCACCAGAUCUGAGCAAAAUGUGCGCAUUGACAACAUACUCUGAAGACUAUGUUCCAGCAUAUGAUUAUCAGCCACGUGGUUAUCCCUGUCAAGAUGAUUAUUUAAUAGUAUACAGAAAAUGCCAUUCUCAGUUCACAGAUCUAAAUGGUUCCAAAAGAUUUGGCAUCAACACUUGGCAUGAUGAAAGUGGGAUUUAUGCUAAUUCAAAUGUAAAACAAAAGCUCCACUUAUUGACCAGUGGUCCUAUUGUCCCCUUUUGCAACUAACAUGUGGAAUCAGAUUCUCUGACUAAUGAAAGAAUAAUGGAUGUAACAGUUAAUUAUCUUCUACCUUAAUAAAUGCAAUGGAAGUUUUACCAUA